AUGUCGCAUGUCGACGAUGUCGGGCGUCCGGCCGGGCUCGACUCGCAGCAGUCGACGCCGCUUACGCCAACGUCUUUCUUUGGAUCAGAUCAAGGACAGCUUUCUGACAUUGGGUCUUGCGCCACUUCAGUUCCGGAAACUGUUAUGGCAGAGCAGGUUGCCAACGAUGUGGUAAAGGAAGCACAGUCGGUGGGUCGUUCUGCGCCCAUCGACGACUCUGCGUCAACUACCAACACCCCCGCCGUUAACGGCGAACCGCCCUCGGGCACAGCGACUACCAAAACGACCACAUCAGAAGCGUCUUCUACCAAACCCAUUUUGAAUGGCGCAGAUGCACCCUCGGCUGAUAGUGCACACGUGUCAGACAAGACCCAGGGACAUGCGGCAGCUAGCGAGAGCAAGCAGACAGAUGCAUCACGGCAAGAGUCCAGACAGUCCCACCUUAACGGCCUAUCCAGCGAACAUCUGGCAGCCGAGUCGCAGGCUGUGGCAGACGCGAGUGGUGGCUCAGAUACCGACAUUAGCCGUCCUGGAAGCGUAGACCAAUCGAAGCGGGAUGGGACUCAUGUGCGGACCAACUCGACCGCGAAGAAGCAACCGUUCAAGUCAGUAUCCGUAACCAAAAGCUUUCUAGCCAAGACAGUCCCCUCAACACCUGCUGCGCGACCUGGCGAGAAGGCAACCCCAGCAGCCCCGCCCAAGACGUCAGUCCUCACCGCGAAGCCCCGCCUCGUAGCCAAAUCUGGUGCUGGCAACACCCCACGUGCGCUGGGACAGACCAAUGGUGCAGGCGCAGGUCCAGAUGCGAGCAAGGUUUGGAAUAAGAACCAGCCGGUCCCAGCUCCCCCACCCAAGACGUAUACGGACGACGAACUCAAGCAACAGUACGGCAUUCAUCUUGCAACACGCUUACAGGCCGACGAAGGGGGCAAAGAGGCCAAGUGGGCUGACAUUGACGACGAUGAGGAAGACUGGACCCCGGAAGCAGUGCAGUGGAUGGAUGGAACCAAGUCCUCCGUUGCAGUGCCACAAGAGACGCAGCCACCACCUGCUGAGGAACCAAAGACUAUACUCAAGCCAGAGACGCCUGCCGAGACACCCAAGCCCACUACAUCACCAGCGCCUACUACGAACACGCCCAAACCAAGCGUCACCGGCGGUACCAAAACUAUCCUGAAGCCCGGCGCACACGCGCAGCCGACUACUGGAAAAUCAAGUCUUGUCCUGAAGGGACAGCCGGAAAGACCAACCCUGGUGGCCAAGCCAUCAGCCACAGAGAAGAAGUCACCAUGGGCGCCCUUGCCUCCAGUCGAAAAAGUAUCGCCGAUUCAGGUCAACCCUCCAGUACAGCAAGCACCUCCGCAGCGCUACUCGCAACGAGACUCUUAUGGCUACGAUUCCAUGCCCCCACCCGCGAAGGAAAUUGCCCCCGAUGACUUCAACCGCAACUGGCGCAACGAAAGUGGCAGUCGGGACAAUCGAGACGGCCGGGAGCUGUACAAUUCACAGAGUGGCCGCUAUGAGCCUGUACAUAAUGAUAUGAGGCGGAGUUCGGGACGUGAUAGUGGUAGCUACCGACAACAGCCGUCUGCCGUGCUGCAGAGGCCGUCUCAUGAUGGUGGUCCAGCAGAGCCGUCAGCAGCGUUCCAGACAUCAAGAGCAAGCGCAGAUGGACCCACUUGGGGCAGGAGGAGGAACUCGUCCAACGUCAGUGGAACAAUGCCGAGGCGCAUGUCAAUGGACCCAAGAGGAACAGAUAUGCCUACUGGCCCUAUGAGCACAGAACGACGUGAAUCACACUCGAUCAACGGCUUCGACCCGUCUUCUUCGGACCCUGCAACUUCCAGACACUCUCCCUUCCAGCAAAUGAGGUCCCCAAACGUUGCCCAAGCUCACCCGGCUUCUCCCUACGGAUCAGUAACUUCACCAGCUGUCCAAGAUGCACCAGCGCCUGUUCCAGCACCGCCAGCAGAAAACCCUGUCGAGGUACAGAAACGCCUCAUGGCCGAGAAGAUCGAGCGUGCUCGUCUCAAGAAGCAGCAAGAUCGUGAAGCCGAGCAACGUGCAGAGGCAGAGAGGAAAGAGCGACUUGCCAAGAAGCUGGCCGCUAUGGGACCGCCUGAGUCGAAGACUAAGAACAAGGACCAGUCACCUACACGCCCAGAGCAGUCCCCGCAGAAAGGCAAGGCUGCUCCUGCCCCCGUGCAAUCACCGCCAAAGCCACCUGUCCCGACUGCCGAUGGUGAGGUCACACAGUAUGGUAUGAUGAAGGUCCACCAGCCUCACCCUGUGAAGAAGUCGCCUCAGACCGAGCAUGCCCAGGUUUCUGGGCCGGCAUCCCACGCAGCAAAUUCCUCACCGGCGGCUGCACCGUCGUCACUUGAUCAGCAAUCGGCACAGCCGUUUGACUCCUUCACGCGUGACAACGAAAAGUCCAGGCUAGCAACUGAACAAUCUCAGACGAUCGCUCACCAAUCGGACAGCGCUAUCCCUUCUGGGUCUAGGCCACAGGCACCUCCAGCAUGGUCGCAGGCGUCUUCCACAGCACCUCAACCUAGACCUUGGACUUCGCAGGUUUGGGGUCCCCCGAAAACGCAAGAUCGAGCUCUUGGUAACGGUACCUUCGACGCUGAUUACCGAGGUCAGUCCCGCUCUGGUGCCCAGCAGCAACUUCCUGUCCAGCCACCUGCCUCGACAGUUCCCAUUGGCACAAGCUUGGCCCCUCAGGCUCUACCGGCACAGCCAGGAAGGCAGAUGCCUCCGUCGCAACAGAUGUACUCUCAGCGACCAUCGCGUGCACAACAGGCAGCAGCGGCUAGAGCGGCUAGACCUUCCAGGACCAUUGCUGGCGGUGGUUGGGAUACAUUUGGAGACCUUAUCGAACGCGAUGAUGCCGAACUUGCGGCAAAGAACCACCAGGAUCGAGAGCGCCAUGGUGACUUCCGCCCAGAACUUCGAGAGACGUACAAGGACCAGCGGGGCCAAGCACAGGUAACGCUGCAUGACAAAGUCGCUGCCGACAUGACUCUUGCCGAGGCGUUGAAAAAGGACGACACCACAAAGCCUGUGAUUGACGGCUCGUCGCCUCAGCAAGGUUUAGGUCAAGGUUCUCUACAGCAGGCUACUGGCCCUCGUGCAUCUCGCUUCUUCCCUCGCCCGACUGAGAUCUCGACCGAGGCGACGCCGUCAUCAUCAACGUUUGCAUCAAGUAAGGCUGAUUCUCCUCCACCGCCUCCGGAGACAGAGACACACCCUGUUUUCGGCAGCGAAGCCGGCCACCCGUUGGUAAGGCUCCCGAAGCCGUCGCCUGUUGUACGACUCCCUCCGUCGGCGUCAGGUAGCGGACCGGCUGCUGCUUCCCAUGUGAACUUGCCCUCGCGUGGCCAGGCUCUAGGUGCCAGACCUCUUGCAAUGAACCCGGAAUGGCAAGCUCGGUUUAACAAACUCCUUGACAAGCCAGGCUCCAACCGUCCCGCAACCCUUCCGGGAACAUCACCAAUGCUACCUGUCGCUGUCCCACAGCAAGGUGCAGUCGCCCCGGCUGCCUUGUCAAAGGCUUCUCUUGACGUCAGAGCAGGUACUGGUCCCGCCACUGUGUCCUUGCCUAGCAUGUCCCAGACGAAGACCUUUGCGGAUGAUCGUGGAAAGGACGUGGCCACCCGCAACGGCGCUGAGGCACUAUUCGAAGAUAGAGAAUUCGGCUCGCUACCUACAGUCAAGUUGUCCAAGGUCCCUCAUCUCGCUGCCAACCAACCACCCAAGGCCGCGCCUAGAGACGAGCAGCAACCAAGGUACAAGAAAUUCGAAAACCCUUUCACGAUCCGUCGACUAGAGGCUUUCGACAUCGAGAAGACUGCACAAAACAAGACAAAGUUUGAUGUCGUUGUGCGCCUUGUUACCAUGCGCGAGCCGGUGAUCAAGUCGGUACAAAGGAAACACUAUGGCCCUAAACUCACCCGCCAGCCUAAGCCCAAAACUGGUCCUCCAAGCACCACUUCUGCCAACAGUACGAAGGAUCGCCCGCGCAAGCCGUCGCAACAGAGUCAGGCAGACCGUUCUUAUAACAACAGCAACAACACUACUUCCCGUCCAUCUGCACCCAAGACUUGGUCCACGAGCAACAACAACGCUCCUCGCUCGUCCCCAGCCCACACAGCUACGACUUGGGCUAAGGUUGCGACAGCCUAA